AGUGGUGGAAUGAGCAAUUUGUUGUACUACUGCUCUUUGCCUGAAACUCAUACGCCACUUGUCGGUGAACCUCAUCAAGUUUUAAUGAGAAUGUAUGGGCAGAUACAUGAAGGAGCAGAGGCAAAAGUUACAGAAAGUGUUAUAUUUAUGAUGUUGUCCGAAAGAAAACUUGGCCCUAAGUUGUAUGGCAUUUUUCCUGGCGGUCGCUUAGAAGAAUACAUUCCAGCUCGUGCUAUGACAUGUGAUGAAUUGAAGGAUCCAGAAAUUUCAGCUACCAUAGCUAGAAAAUUAGCAAAAGUACACACUCUUGAUGUUCCAAUCAAUAAGGAGCCUACAUGGUUAUUUGAGAAGAUGCAGGGCUGGAUAAAUUUUGCAAAAAAUGAAGUGCAGCUAGACAAUUUGAAUGAUGAAACAAAGGGAAUUGCCAUGGGCUUGUUGUCUCAAGACUUCCAGAAAGAAUUUUUGUGGCUUAAGUCAUUAUUAACUAAAGUUGCAUCACCAGUUCUUUUCUGUCAUAAUGAUUUACAAGAAGGAAAUAUUCUUCUUCCAGAACGAACUGCAGUUAGUGAAGAUAAAAUAGUUUUCAUUGAUUUUGAGUAUUGUAGCUAUAAUUUCAGAGGUUUUGACAUUGCCAAUCACUUUUGUGAAUGGUGCUUUGACUAUGCUUUCCCUGAAUACCCACAUUUUCUGUACAAACCUGAAGAGUAUCCGUCCAUUGAUCAACAGCUAAAUUUUGUAAGGUCCUAUUUGAGGAACUUUGAAAGUAGCUCCAGUGAGACUGAUGUCUCUGAUGAAGUAAAUAGUGAAGAGCAUGUACUUCAAGAAGUUCUUAUAUUUAACCUUGCUUCUCAUUUCUUAUGGACUCUGUGGAGCAUAGUCAAUGCACAAAAUUCUCAAAUCCAGUUUGGCUAUUGGGAAUAUGGCAAAGCAAGGUGGGAUGCAUACUUCAGACACAAAACAGAACUCUUUAAGCAAGGAAAAAUUGAUUUAUUGAUUUGAGAGAGCUAUUUGCUUCAUUAUCAUUUAAGCCAAGAUUCCAUAUGAAAGGAGAACCAACUGUACAUAAAUUAUUUAUUCCAGAUUUUCUAGUUGUAUUUUGUGAUGUUAAAAGUGUAUGUUAAAAAUUUUGUACAGAUUGUUUCUGCAUUUAAAACUCGUACUAGGAAUAUAUUUUCUCAGAUUUGUGUGUCAAUGAUAUGGUGCAAGUGUUCAUCAUAUGGUAUAAUUUCAUACACAAAAUGGAAAAGGGGAGCUUAGUUACAUCAGGCUGUGAAUAACCAUCUUAGUUUUUGUUUAAUUGUCCUUCUUGUUAUGAAGAAAAAAUUUAAUUUCUGUUGCAUUUAAUGAUGAAAUCUCUCAUUGUGCAAUUUUAUUUUAGAAACAGUUUGUUAUUCACCAUAAUUUUGUUAUUUAGCUGUUAUAUGUGAUAUUUUAUUAAUGUAUGUAUUUUUGGCAGGGACAUUUUCAGCAUGUAAUAGAUGUUAAAAUGGUUUUAUUCUAAUGUUUGCUUGGUGACCAAUUUUUGUAUGUGAUAUUUUGCUAUUCUUCCCAGGUCUUCAUAGAAUUUAUGCAAUUUUGAAUGUAAGGAAAAUGUGCAUACUUCAUUUUAUAAAUAUACUGCCUUGUUUUGAUGUCAUUUAAAUCUGUUAUUAUUCAAAUCAAAAUAUUCAGAUGUAAAUUAAAUUGCAAGUGAGGGAUUUUUAAGCAUCUAUUUCAUAUAAUUGUAUUUAUAUAAAGUGUUUUAUAAAAUAUAACCUAAUAAAAAUUAUUUCAUUUUAUUUUAUUAAUGUUAAUGAAAUGUGCUUCUUGAAUAUUUGUAGAUAAGCCUAUAUUUUUUUUACUUGGGUAUUUUAUUUAAUUCUUUGCUAGUCCUUGUUGUUAGUUCCAUUUAAAAAAAUACAGGUAAAAUCCCCCCUUCCCGAAAGAUAUUGUUAACUGAAGAGGCUGUUAAGGUGAUAAAAAUGACUAAUUUGAAAAAUUGUUUGUUGCGGUUGUAUUAAUGUUAAUCAAUAUUAUAUGUAAAACUGGUAUUACCAGGAAUGAGAUUGUAUUAUGUUACUCUGAAAAUAUGUUUAAUAACAUUAUUGCUUGUAAAGGAUAGAUUGAGAGGUGCUUUUCCAAACAGAAUAUGUGAAAACAAAAUAUAGGGAAUGACAUUAAGAUUGAUGCAUGAAACGAACAUUUGUGUUGUUCUUUAAAAACCUCUUGUAUAUAAAUUGCAUAAACUUAAGUUACAUAUUCAGCACCGAAAUUAAAAUUGAUCAUCAAUUAUCAUAAGAAACUGAUUUAUAUUCAUUUGAGUCUUAAUGAGCUAAAGCAUGCAGCUGAAAUUUUAACAUACAUAGAAGUAAUUAUUUCAAGAAACAUCAACGAAAAUAAUUGUUUAACUUAAGGAAUUUAAUUUAGGUACAUGGUUUAUUGCUAUUAAAGAAAGCAUUAAUAGGAGUUUUUUGAUGGCCAGUAUUCACAAGAUAAAAAGUUGGAAAGAAAAUUUUAUAUAAGAUCAAAUGCAUUAUUACUUUUUAAUUAUAUGGAUUAUAUUUUUUUUAUCAAAGAAUUAAGAAUCUGGGCUAAUUAAAAUUUGUUUGUUAAUGGAUAAUAUUUAAUUUACAUUCAGCUGCAUAAUCCAUGGGAAUUGUAUUAAGAAAGAAAAAUACUAAGCUAUUUAUGUAGCAGCCAAUUACUUAAUUAUUUUGAAAGAGAUAUAUAUUUAUGGGAUAUAAUUUAUAACAGAGUAAUUGAUAAAGAGGUUUUGGGAAGUCUUUUUAUGUUCUAAUUUUUAGUGAAUUAAAUAUAUAUGAAAAACUUUCAAAUAAAAUUUUACUGUCAUUUUCUGAUUUGAGGUUUUGUUGAAAUAUACCAUGGAAAUUUUUGUCUUUUCUGUGUAUAUACAACAUGUAACAAAUAUUGCUUUUAAUAUGCUUCUCUUUUAUAAUUCACUUUAAUUAAUAAUGUAUUCAAGAGUAUUAGUCAGGUUGCUAGAGAUUGUGCUUGGAAUAUGUAAUACUUAAAAACUAAUGUUAAACUUUUUUAUUUUUUGAAACAAGUAAACAUGUCUUAGUUAAUAUUAUAAUGUUUGAUAUUAAUUAUAAUGUGAAUCUUGUACUCAGCUACUUUGUCUAACAAUUCUAAAAAAAUUUAAUAAUUUAGGGAAGUUCAUUAAACCUGGACUUUUAUGUCACACUUAUUCACUUUCCUGUUUGAUUAUGUAUAGUGCUUUUUGCUUUUUUAAACCUGCCAAAAUCUAUGCAAUAAGUCAAAUUUGGUCUGAGCGAAAAUUGGUGGUGAAAUAAAAUAUAACUAAAUUAUCAUAAUUUCCUUUUGUAUUUUUAAAAGCUUUAAUAUUUUACCAGGAAUUUGUUCAGAUACUUUACUGAACACUUCUCUAUAUUUAAAUGAAGAAAGUAAAAUUAUAUUGUAUCCGUUUUUCUUUUCAGGAAGCAUGCAAAUAAUACAGAGUGAUAGCUUACUUUUAAUCCUAGUCAGUGAUGUCAUGCUUGCGAACAGCAUUAAAUUUGUACUAAGCAGAAGUAUUUUCAGAAAUGCUUGACUUUCUUUAGGUUGCUAAUUUUCAUCCGCAACUCAAAUUUCUCUACAAAAUUGCUAAUUGUUUGUCUCAGCUCAAACCUUGUUUUGUAAGAGCUUCCUCAACAAACUUAUGAAUGGUUUUUUAACCAGUUGCAUUGUUCUAAUUUGUUUCAGACUUAAAAAUGAAUAUUGUACAAGAUUAUCUACUUUCAGGAAUGAAUGAUUUUUGGCAAUUUAGCAAUUUAUUAUUCAUUGGAAAAAAAAAAAUGAUACAUCUUGGAGACUUAACAUCUUUUCAUAGUCACUGUGCAAUAAAAAUAUCUAGUCUUAAAAUGAGUAGUUUCACAAGCACAUUUUUACUCUUCCUUGCUUAGUGAUUUAAAAGUAAUUCAUUUUGAAUACGUGAACCAAAGUGCUAUUCCCAAACACUGGAAAGAUUUCUUAUGAAAGACAGAACUUAGCCACUCAACAAUCAGUUAUUUCUAUCUGAGCAUAUGAAAUUUUAAAUUGGGGGGGGGAUGAUUUUAGUUUGAUUUAGAAAAUUGUUAACCUAUGCACUUUCUGAUGAAAAUAUUGUUACUUAUUUUUUUAAUUACCACAUGUAUUAAUUUGCCAUUUAUAUUCAUUGUAAGUUUAAAUUUUGGAACUUUUUUAUUUAUUUAUCAAGAAGUGUUCUUGUUGCAAGUAUAAUGCUUGAUUUUGCAGUAUGUAUAGAGACAGUAGCAAUACAUAAAAAGCAAAAGGUAUAAAUUUUAUUUUUCUUCCCUAAAAAAAGUUUAAAUUAAUGCUCAAAUCUACCUGAAUUUAAAAAGCAGAAAACUGCAUUGUAUAUUAAGAAUUAUGAACAGACAUGGAAUUAAAAGGCAUUAUCAACUUAAUUUUAUAACAAACAAUCUGUUAUCACAAGAGAAAAAUUAACAGUGACAAUGUAUUUCAUGAUAGUCAGCCUUGAUGUUUGAAUGACUUUCAAUGAUUGCAUAAGUGUUAGUUUGCAAUUGAAAAGUGACUUAUUUAAAAUCAUUUCAAAAAAUUUUGAAAUAAAAGAAGGGGUAGUAAAUUUUAAACACCUCUGCCGAGUUAAAACAUUAAACUUAUUAUUCUAAAGUUAAAAUUAGAUGCAUUUGAUUUAAAAUGUGUUAACAGCAAUAUGAAAUUUAUAAAUGGUAUGUUUUGUUAAAAUAUACAGUGUAAUAAUAUAUUAUGUUCAGAUCAUCUAAACAUACAUAUUUGUGUAUAUUUCUGUACACACAAAAUAAAAUGUUUAUGAAACAAUCUAUUUAUUUUUAGAUGCAAAACUACUUAGCUUGUUACUGAGCCAUUAAUGAUCAAAGUAUUCUGAUACACUGCAUAUGCGCAAGAUAAAAAUUCUAUGGAUUUCUUUUCUUAUAAUUGCCUGAUCAGGAAUUGUUCACUCUAUUCAACUUCAAAUUUAUAUGAAACCAAAAUCCUUAAUGAGCAUUAAGGUGGUAAAUUCCACUUGUAGCAGUAAUCUCAUUUCCACUAGAUGGAAGAAGCACAGUGAGUGGUACUCCUAUGUACUUUUUGGCAGUAGUUAGUUUGAUUUAAUAAUUCUUCAAAAAAUUUUGAAAAAUUCACUUAAUUACUAAAAUGAAUCUAAGACAUUUAGCUUUGGUAUUCACUUUUAAUAUGUAUUUCACGUAAUUUAAUCUAAUAAAGAUUUUAUAACUUAAAAAUUUUAAUUUCUUUAAAACUUUAUAACAUCUUCGUUACAAAUAAUCCCUAAAACAAUGCAGCUAAAAAUAUGUUUCAAAUUUCAUGCAGAAGACAGAUUUAGUUUUUUCUAACAUAUGCUAUUUAUGUACUAAAAUAGGAGUUUCAUGUCUUUGUAAAUUAAAAUUCAAUGCUUCCAGUUUUUCAACAUAUCAAACAUAUAAAUGCAGAAGUAAGGUUUUUUUAUGUUAUUUUUAAAUGAACUGUUUGUUUCACUUAUAUGAACUGAUUUUUUAUUAUGAAUGUGUAGAAAGAACACUGAAUUGUGGAAUUUGGUCGUAAUACAUUUUACAAAAGUUGAAGAAUUGUUGGUAUGUAAUAUAAUUAAAAAUUUUUCAUGUGUAACAUUUGCUAUGUAAUUCAGAACAUGUUCACCAGUUACUCUGCAAAUGCUAAUUUUGUAUUUUUAACUGUAUAUAGAAUUUAUAUAACAGUAAUUAUGUGCCUUAAAUGUAGCAAUUGGCAGGUGUCUCUAUCUAUCUUUACAAAAUUUUGCCAACUACAUAAAUGCUUUAUUAUGUAAUUUUAAUUUGUUUUUAUUUAAACAUUGAAAUAAAUCUGUGAUGUAUUUGUUUUCCUUUGGCUUCCACAGGAAAAGGUGAAAACUGUAUAAAAUUUGCCCACAUUAGUAAAAGAAUAAAGUUGAUUUUUUAUAAUA